CAUGAACACGCAUAACGCGAGGGAUUCGGACGACGAAUCGCCAUUGGAAAGCGAGGAGCAUUUGAAGCGUUUCUUCGCAGGAAGAAACCUCUAUAGUCAGACGAAGAUCGAUGACGCACGGAAGAAGAGCCACGAUGCAAAGUACGCGAAAGAGGUGGAAUGGGAUGCAAAAGAUACUGCAAAAGGCAAGCCGGUGUUCAAGAAGUAUCGGCAAGAGAUUGCCGAUAAAACUAGCCGAUGCGACGCCCAAUUCAUCAACAAUCUUCACACCUACUAUGGCAAUGGUAGUGAAUUGAGAGAGCUCCCCGAAACUCACUAUGCCGUCGAUUUCAUGGGAACCACCAUCGCUACCACGGAAAUGACCGCCGAACUGAAGAAGUUAAAGGUGCUCAAGAAGAAAACGGCCACAUCACAAUUCGUUCGGGAGCACAGACAGCUCGGAUUCAUCCCUACUCCUUCGCGAAGAUCGCUAUCUUGUACUGGCCGUUUCAUGAACUUCGAAACGAAAUGUGAUGAGCGCCCGGACAGAACGAACCCAGAAUUUUCGGUUGGAAACAAUAAUUUCCUGAGCGCAACAAUCUCCAAUCUCGACGAGGAUUUCAAAACACCAUCGAACUGUGAGCAUGUAGCCUCCAUCGUGCCCAAAGAGAUUUCAAAUGCGCUGACUGCAUUGAUACCUCAUGUGAAUGUUUUCGAUUACGAAAAGGGAGAGAUGGAAAUCGGAAAAGUCCUCUGCAGCAACAAAAAUCUUCAUGCGUAUGUGAUCCCUAAACAACACGAUCAGGAGCAAAUGCUGAAAGAUUUUUCCGCUCGAUUCUUGGCUUGGUACAACAAACUAUCACAUCUUCAAAGAGAUACGUUUGGAACCGACAAAGACCCCAAAAGAUCAGGAAAACAAGAAGAUGGGAAGCCGAUGAAGCCAUAUUUUUGGAGAGUCAAUGUUAUUUUGUGCCUCCAGGAGUUUCAGGAAGAGGGUACAAUGUUCCGAAGAGCUCGUCAUGUCUGUGGUAUUCGUCCUCACAAAAGUCAACCCGGACUCGAUUUGUAUAUCGAGAUUGACACAGGAAGUAUGAGAGCUCUGAAGACGAAUUAUCUGACUGUGAGAAAAUUGCCGCAGGAGUUCGCGAAUGUCCCAACUCCAAUCCUUGAAGUUCGAUUUGAAGGUGCCAAGACCGAAGAAGAUGUUGCCCGGAGAAUCGCGCACAUCAGGAAAACGGGUCGUGCAUACAUCAAAUCAUUUGAUACAGGAAAACGGAAGAUCUACCAGAACAGCUUUUUUAAUGGCCAGCCAAAGGAUUGGAGUAACAUCGAAACAGCUGUGUUGCUGCCACCAAAAGAAAGCUCAAUGUCGAAGCUGUUCUGUGAGGAUAGGGAUUGCAUGGGACUAUGCUGCACAGAUCAAUGGCUUGAAAAUGCGGAAUCAUCCCCGGGCAUCUCCACAAUUCCAGCGUCAUGGAUCGCCGAUAAGAAUAAGAAGCCAUUCGUGGACAGAUCUCCGCAAAAAUUCAAAUUUCCCGCGAGCGGCAGCUAUAUGAAGCCGGCCAACUAGUGCUUGAUAUUCAAGCUUUAAUUAUUUUUCAUCUGUGUCAUCAAACCGUAUUCUAGUUUACUUGUUAAGACCCGUUGGUCCGUAUUUUUGUUUCUUUUUUUUAAAUAUUUCAGUUUACGAAUCAACAAAUAAAAAUUAUUCAUUUUCAAGAA